AUGGAUGAUCCAAACUUCCGGAGGCCGUUCACGGACCACGCCGGACCUGUCAGCGCUGAACACAUGCAAAAUUUCUACUUGCAUUGGAAUUCUUGGUUGAUCUUUCUUCGAGGUUACGCUCUUUGGCCCAUCCCAACUACUCUCGAGACCGGGCUGGCCGCCCUUAAAGUUUCCCCCGAAUUUUACUUUGACGUCCAGAUUGAAGGCGCGCCGUCGGAUUUACAUGAUGCGGUUGCGCAAUCACAGUAUUAUCUCGAAAAUGACAACUUUAGACGUCUCGUCGUAGACCGCGGCGCGAAUGACACUACCGCACUUGCUAGCGCGAUGACGCUUUCAAAGUUGACGCUAUCUCUCGCGAGUGGGGCUUCUGCACAACCCAUUUCUUCAGAAGCUGUCAAGCCCCUGGGAACCCGUAGUGAGGAGUACGCACUAACCAUUCCAGCAGAUGGAUCGGCUGCUACUUUGACAGCGAACUCGACGUUGGGUCUGUACAGAGGACUCACCACUUUCAAUCAGAUUUUCUAUCACUUUGAAGGAGUAACUUACACUUUACUUGCCCCGAUUGCGAUCACGGACACUCCUGCGUAUCCUUUCCGGGGAUUAGGACUGGACACCUCGAGGAACUACUACGCGGUCAGCGACAUUCUGCGAACUUUGGACGCGAUGAGCUGGGUGAAGAUCAACACUUUCCACUGGCAUAUCACGGACAGUCAAAGUUUUCCACUUGAAGUUGCACAGUAUCCCGAGCUUGCCAUCAACGGCGCAUACUCUCGUAAAGAAGUUUACACAGCAAGCGAUGUCCAACACAUCGUGCAGUAUGCUGCUGCAAGAGGUAUCGAUGUUAUGAUGGAAAUCGAUACACCCGGCCACACUGCUAUCAUUGGGGCCACUUAUCCCGAAUAUGUUGCAUGCUUUGACGCUAGCCCAUGGGCAGACUUUGCCUGGCGAGCCCCCUGCCGGUCAGCUUCGUUUUGCACUCCCAGAGGUCAUGAACUUCACUACUUCCUUGCUCACCGAUGUCAGCGAAGACCCUCCCUUCAUACUAUUUUAGCACCGGGGGCGAUGAAAUCAACAAGAACUGUUAUGCCGACGACCUACCUCACGCAGCAGCAGCUCAACAUGACCGGCAUGACGCUGAACGGUGCUCUUGACAGGUUCACACAGACCACUCAUGGUGCACUCAUUGCACAAGGAAAGACGCCUGUUGUAUGGGAAGAAAUGGUCCUCGACUGGAAUAUCACACUCUCAAACGAGGACUAUUAUGCUGCAGCAGUGGCAGAAAGGGGUCUCAGGAUCAUCCAAGCACCAUCAAAUUACUUCUAUUUGGAUACCGGUGCUGGUGAGUGGCUGGGAGACAACCCAACUGGAAGUAGCAGCCCCUUCAAGACCUGGUCCGAGGCAAGUGCAUAUACCUUCGAUCCGUUGGCAAACUUGACCGAGGCGCAAUACGAGCUUGUUCUCGGAGGCGAGCAAAUUCUAUGGAGUGAGCAGUCUGGUCCCCAAAAUAUCGACCCGAUCGUGUGGCCACGUGCUGCAUCAUCAGCAGAAAUCUUUUGGAGUGGGAAGCAACCCACUGGCGCUGCACUCAACGUCACUGAGGCACUUCCUCGUUUGCAUGAUAUCAGGUACAGGAUGGUACAGCGCGGCGUCAAUGCCAUCCCACUCCAGCCGCAGUGGUGUGCGCUCCGACCAGACGCAUGCGAUGGUUGA